AUGGCGACCCAAACCCCCGCCGUUGUCAUGGACAACGGUACGGGCUACUCGAAGCUUGGUUUCGCCGGCAAUGACUCCCCCUCCUUCGUCUUUCCCACCGCAAUCGCUACACGAGGACCCACAGGCGGCAGCGGUUCCUCCGGGUCCGGCCGUCCUGCGGUUGCGAACAAGCCUUCCUAUCUCACGGGAGGUGCUGGACCUGGUGGGCACCUGUCGGGAAAGCGAGGCACGGAGGACCUGGACUUCUUCAUUGGUGAUGAGGCCCUCGCCGCAGCUGGAGGAGCUGGUUAUGGUAUCAACUACCCUAUUAGACAUGGCCAAAUAGACAACUGGGAUCUUAUGGAGCGCUUUUGGUCAAACUCAAUCUUCAAGUACCUGCGAGUGGAGCCCGAGGACCACCACUUUUUACUCACCGAACCGCCACUGAACCCACCGGAGAACCGUGAAGCGACAGCUGAGAUCAUGUUCGAAUCAUUCAAUGUCGCUGGUCUCUACAUUGCUGUACAAGCUGUUCUUGCCCUGGCUGCAUCAUGGACCAGUUCCAAGGUUCAAGACCGCUCCCUCACCGGAACUGUCAUAGACUCGGGAGCAGGUGUCACCCAUGUCAUUCCUGUUGCAGAAGGUUAUGUUAUUGGAUCAUCGAUCAAGAGUGUCCCAAUUGCAGGCCGCGACAUCACCAACUUUGUUCAAUCGCUCCUCCGCGAACGUGGCGAGCCCGACUCGUCUCUGCAGACGGCUGAGCGUAUCAAGGAAGAAUACUGCUACGUGUGCCCAGACAUUGUAAAGGAGUUCGCACGCUUCGACCGCGAAUCGGACGACCGCUUCAAGAAACAUGUGGUCAAUUAUCCCAACGGCAAGACUACAACGGUCGACGUCGGGUACGAGCGGUUCUUAGCACCCGAGAUCUUUUUCAACCCGGAAAUCUACUCGUCAGACUUUCUCACACCACUGCCUACCAUCGUGGAUAAUGUCAUCCAGUCUUCGCCAAUCGACGUACGCAGAGGCCUGUACAAGAAUAUUGUAUUGUCAGGUGGAUCCACGCUUUACAAGGACUUUGGCCGACGGCUACAACGCGAUAUCCGACACAUGGUGGACGCGAGGAUCAAGGCAUCGGAAGCGAGAAGCGGAGGAGCAAAAAGUGGUGGAUUGGAGGUGCAGGUCAUCACACACAAGAGGCAAAGGCAUGGCCCGUGGUUUGGUGGCAGUUUACUUGGUCAGACACCCGAAUUCAAGAGCUACUGCCACACCAAGGCCGAGUACGAUGAGAUUGGUCCCAGCAUUGUUCGGAGGUUUGCGUUACUGGGUGGUCCGGGUAGUACGUAA